AUUAUGUUGGUGAAGAUGGUUCUUCAGAACCUUCGAUAAAUGAACUAAAACUUAAAGUUGUUGAUUUUGUAAAGAAGUUUCCUACUAUUGGCUUUGAAGAAAAUGAAAUGAAAUAUGCAUAA